AUGUCGGACAGCACGGCGACCAUCAUCGACAUCAUCCUCGCCAUCAUCCUCCCUCCCCUCGGCGUCUUCAUCAAGUACGGCUGCGAGCUUGAGUUCUGGAUCUGUCUCCUGCUGUCAUUUUUCGGAUACCUGCCAGGAAUCAUAUACGCCGUCUACGUGAUAUUAAAAGAGUAG